CAUAUCCGGAUAUGUAUAUGCGAUAUAAUCUUCACGCCGCGUCAAAACUCCGAUGCUCCGAACUACGUGUGAGUCGAGCAUAAAAAAAUUCGCGUGUUACCACCGUGAAAAAGUGCUACAGUGCUCUCGAAAGGAUAAACAUUUUAUAAAAGGAGAGACAGGAAUCGAAGUUCAAGAGAGACAAAUUACGGAACACAGUUUGUCUUCGCGUCUAGUGUUUUAGGUUAGGGGUCCAUAACACUGACAGCUUUACUCCGCGUUACACGAAAUGGCAGAGAAUUUCGAAAGAGAAACAACACCGAUUUACAAUGAGGAAUGCAAGACUGCGGGACAACCGUUGUCAGAUUUUCUGUUGCAGUUAGAGGACUAUACACCCACGGUACCUGAUGCUAUCACCGAACAUUACUUGCACACAGCCGGUUUCAACGCUACGGACUCUAGAAUAGUGCGUCUGGUGUCCUUGGCGGCACAAAAGUUUAUCUCAGAAAUUGCCAACGAUGCACUGCAACAUUGUAAGACGCGUGGCGCCAAUCAGAAUACAAAAACAAAGGGAAAGGAUCGACGUUACACUCUAACCAUGGAAGAUCUGACACCGGCAGUCGCUGAAUAUGGCAUAAUAGUGAAGAAACCACAUUAUUUCGUUUGAUUAGAAAAGCUAUACAGUUUAAUUGAUGUGUUCAUUUCGUUAAAUCGCAUCACUGUAAUUAAUAAUAUAUGAUUGCAUUUUUGGGCGAAAGUGUCAGCAGGAAUCAUGUCGUAUGUAUAAAAAAAGAUCCACUGUUAUAUAUAAAAAGGAAAAAGUUUCAUGCCUAUAUGUGUAUCAAUUUGAAUAUACAUGUUUAAAAGGUUCUUUUUUUUUAUUAAGAACGAGACUAGGUCUAAAUAAGUUUCCUAAAAUUAUAGUUAUAGUUUCGUAAUUACAAUACUUGACACGUACAUCUUACAUCAUUGUAUCAUUAGUGUUUUUGUAAUAAAAAUUUAUGUUAUCAAA